AACGACGCCGCCCGAGGAGGCACCUACUCUCGUGUUUAUAAAUCUCUCUUUUCUCCGUCGACGCUCCUACUCUGAGAAGGACCAGUCUGUUUACUUCAGCUUUCCUCCGGUCAGAUCAGCUCAGCUCAGCUCCAGUGAUAAAAGUAGAAGUAAAAAGUAGUAGAGAAGAGAAGUGAAGAGAAGGAUGUUUUUCCACAUAGUGUUGGAGAGGAACAUGCAAUUGCACCCUCGCUUCUUUGGGCGCAACCUCCGCGAGAAUAUUGUCUCCAAGCUCAUGAAAGAUGUCGAGGGAACUUGCAGUGGUCGACAUGGAUUUGUGGUGGCAAUAACAGGCAUUGAAAACAUUGGGAAAGGGUUGAUCCGAGAUGGGACAGGAUUCGUGACGUUUCCAGUCAAGUACCAAUGUGUCGUGUUCAGGCCAUUUAAGGGAGAAAUUCUAGAAGCUGUAGUUACCAUGGUAAAUAAGAUGGGAUUUUUUGCUGAAGCUGGGCCAGUUCAAAUCUUUGUUUCAAAUCAUUUGAUACCGGAUGAUAUGGAGUUCCAGACUGGAGAUAUGCCAAACUAUACAACUUCAGAUGGAUCGGUUAAGAUUCAAAAGGAUAGUGAAGUGCGAUUGAAGAUCAUCGGAACGCGUGUUGAUGCCACAGAAAUUUUCUGCAUUGGCACCAUAAAGGAUGAUUUCUUGGGAGUUAUAAAUGAUCCUGCAAAUGCUUAGGAUGUCAGCAAGAAUCUUAGCACAUAGGAUUUGCUUGGGCAGCAUCUGCACUUCAUUCAUUGCUCGGUGAUAAUAGUGUGGAGGUGAUAAUUAUUCUCAGCUGUAACUUAAAAUGGCAUUGCACUUGAUGUUUUGUUUCACUUUAAAUGAAUGUCAUUUCCCAUUAAUGAUAAAAAAAAAAUGUAUAAUCUUGGAAGGCUGA